CCUCAGCCCCGGACGGGCCAGCUCGGGGAUUUACCCCCCCCCCGGCGUCGGCGUGGGAGAGGCGGGCGUGGGUUCGGGGGGGGGUGUCACGUCGGGUGGGGGGGCGAGCUCCAUGCUGGGCCAGCAGGGCGCCCCCUGCCGGUUGCAGAUGCCCGCGGGCGCCUUCGGGGUGGCGGCGGCGGCGCUGCUCCUGCUGCUGAUGCUCCCGGCGCUGCAGCGGUUCUCCGGGCGCCUUUUCUCCGCCUCCUCCUCUUCCUCCAUGGCGGCCGAGCCUCCUCUUCCUCCCGCGGCGGGCGGCGGCGUCUCGGCCGCCUUCGUCACCUGCCCCAAUGAGACGGUGGCCAAGGACCUCGCCAGGGCCCUGGUGGAGCAGCGGCUGGCGGCCUGCGUGAACGUCCUGCCCGGCGUCACCUCCAUCUACCGGUGGAAGGGCGCCGUCGAGGAAGACGCGGAGGUGCUACUGCCUCACACAGAGCCCUGCCUGCAGAGCUGGGGGUCCCUCAACGUUACUCUUCCCCCCCCCCGCCAGAUGAUCAAAACACGCAGCUCCCGGGUCUCAGCGCUGGCAGAAUAUGUCCGGUCGGUACACCCCUAUGAAGUGGCCGAGGUGAUCGCCCUCCCCAUCCAGCAGGGAAACCCCCCGUACUUGCGGUGGGUGGAAGAGGCCGUGCCCCCCGAGUGAGGGGGGCCCUUGAGCAGUCUGUCUCCCCAAUAAAGCCCCACCCAGGCCUGAGGGGGAGGCCCAGGCCGCGAGGC